CUUCCGCCUACUCAAAUAGAACCCCAUUGGAGGAGCAAGACUCGCCUCAGCUCUCUCUCUUUCUCUCUCCCACUCUCCCUCCAUCCAAAAGAAAGCAGAGAGGAGAUCAAUGGAUUAUGAGAGGAUUGACAAGGUUCAGACGGGUGUGAUUUCUCCGAGUAAAUUGAGGCUGAAACUCUUAGGAUCCCCCAACCGUAGAAGAAAGGAAGGAGGGAGCAAUUCAUCUCGAACAUCUCCUUCCAAGCUUGAGGAUGCGGAGUUUGCGAAUAAUAGCUUAUUAGCAGCCGAAAAUGAGGACUUCCAUGUGCAAGGUUCUGCUCUUGAUGUGGUUCCACUUCCCAUAUCCGGCGAUGGGGCGUCCAACGCCAUCCAAGGCAAUCAGACAGGUUCCUGUUCAAUGGAUAUUCAGUUUAGAGAAAUCAGCAACGCGGGCCGUGUUAAAGUCCAAAAAAAUCCAAAGGGUGUCGCUAAUCAAGUUCAAUUCAGCAGUAACUCGAGAACGGUUCACCCCGUGAAGCAUCUCGAAGAAGACAGUGCUGAUUAUGACAGUGGCGUUGACAAUGCCAGUACAUCUAGCUUCGAGUUUCAUAAAGGGGAGAGGACUCUACACAAUCCCAUGGUGGGACCCUUCUCGCGGCCCGUCCCAUCGAAGUGGAAUGAUGCAGAGAAAUGGAUCAUGAAUCGACAGAUCGCGCAUCCAAAUGUUCCCAAGAAGACCAUCUUUCAAAGUCAAGCAAAUCGACAAGCAACUGUGAAUUGGACGAGGGUCGCUCCAGAUUCAAUGGUUACAGACCAAAGGGAUUCUGUUGCACAGGUUGCAGAUACUAAGCGGAUCGACUCUUGUCAGCCCUCAACGCAAAUCGGAUUGGAGAAGUUCUCUUUCACAGGGCCACGUCAAACUUCUGGGCCCACGAAAGGGAUGGACAGAUUAACGGAUCAAUGUCCUGGCGAUGAUGGUGUAAUUACUCUGACAAAAGAUUGGAAGGAAGAAAAUCACAUUGCAGACACUACCACUGUGCCUUCUGUAAGGUCAGUUUCAAUGAGAGAUAUGGGAACUGAAAUGACCCCCAUGACAAGCCAAGAGCCUUCAAGGACUGGAACUCCUGUCGGAGCCACGACACCCAUCCGCAGCCCCGUUUCAUCCAUACCGUCAACUCCCAGAAGGGGAGCACCAGCCCCCUCCCCUGCAGAGGCUGCUACAGAUGAUGAGUUAGGCCGUCAAGAGAAAAAGGAACUGUCCGAGAAAGAAUUACAGGAGAAAACGAGGAGAGAGAUCGUUGCUCUUGGUGUACAGCUAGGUAAGAUGAACAUUGCCGCUUGGGCGAGUAAAGAAGAGAAGGAAAACACUAAUGUUUUGAAUGAGGCUGUUGAUGCGGAGCAGCUUCAGAAGCUUGAAUUCGAAAACCGAGCGGCAGCAUGGGAGGAAGCUGAGAAAUCUAAACACAUGGCCAGAUACAAACGCGAAGAGAUUAAGAUUCAAGCAUGGGAGUAUCACCAGAGAGCGAAAUUGGAAGCCGAAAUUAAGAGAACAGAGGCCCAUGCGGAACAAACAAGAUCUCAUGCUCAAGAGAAGAUGAUGAACAAGCUUGCAAUCACAAGGCAACGGUCAGAGGAAAAGCGAGCCGCAGCUGAAGCCAGGAAGAAUCAGGAGGCGAUGAGAACAGUUCAGCAAGCAGACUACAUCCGCCAAACGGGCCGCAUCCCAUCAUCCCAUUUCCUCUGCUGUAAAUGUUUCCCGUAAGACCUGAAUCCCAAGUGCUCAUAAAAUUCAAAUUUGGUUUGUUUUUUUUUUUUUUUUCAAAUUUGGUUUUUCAUCAGAGUUGUAUCAUUUGCUUACAUGGAAAAAAAAAACAAAAAAAAAAAACAAAGAAAAGAAAAGGAAUACAGCCAUCCAUGUAAAAUCUCUUUCAUAAGCUACUCUUCAUGUCAUACCUGAUUAAAAUGUGAAAUUCAAGCUACCCACAUGAAGAAAAAUGAAUGGUUGUGAUUUAAACUGAUUGAAUAUGGAUUUUUUGGGCUUUUGUAAUAACAGUCUUGAUGAGAGUCUUUGUUUU